UUAUUGACCAAAAAUGAUUUCAGCAGAAUAUUAAGAUUAAGAUUAAUGGCAUUUUAAGAGCAGUUUUAAGAUACAAGUGACAUCCGUUUUGCCUGAUGAAGAUUUGAUGUUUUGUUUCUGAUAUUCAAAAAAAAUUUGACUUACCCCAGCUUUACAGAAUAACAAAAAGACAACAAGUACAUAUCCAGAACAUAGGUUGAGAGGACAGAAGUUCAGGGAUUAUUUUUUAUUACGCUUGUGUAGAAACCUUGAUAUAAUGACAAUAAGGAGUUAAACGUUGUUAGCACUACUCACUUUUGUCAUCCUCUUCCUCGCAGUUGACAUGGAGGAUGAAGAUGGGACUUGUCUACUUGAUGUUUUAUGCGACCCCCAAGCCCUGAACGACUUCCUUCAUGGGACCAAUGAGCUGCAGACUGAAGACCUGCUCAUUAACUCCUCCUCUGGGGAGCCCUCCCUCUUCACAGAUGCCCCUAGCCCCGGCUCUCUGCUGGGAGAUGGCAGGGAUUCCCCAGACACGCCUCCCCCCGGGUGCGUGGACCUGUCCUUCCUGGAGGAGGCUCUGCUGUCAUCGCCGGAGGGUGCAGAAGACCCACAGAUGGCGCAGGGUGGGCAACCUGUGGAGGGUGGGUGUGAGGAGAAGGAGGGAGAAGUGCCGGAAAUGGAGGAGGCGGAGGUGGCGUGUGAUAUCCUCCAGCAGAGCCUGCAGGAGGCUGAGAUCACGGAGCAGACCAUGGCUCUGGAGGCAGGUCUGGCCCAAACUGGAGACACUCUGUCUCUGUACUCCCCAGCUCCUCUCCUCUCUCCUCCCUCUCUACCGUUUGUCCCCAAGUCUGUGACGUUGCCCGUCACUGUGGCAUUGCCCAGAGACACUCAGGCAGCAGUGGAGCCUCCUCAGCCGUCACUCCUGGCUGUCGGGCCUGGCUGUCCUUCUCUGAAACCCGCUGCUCCACCUCAGCUUAUGGGGCUCCUGCCUGGAAAUGUGUUCCCUGCUCCCUCUCCAGACACCCCGUUCUCUCUGAGUCCCGCCCAGGCCUCCAGUAUGAUCAUCCACAAGGCUGUGUCCAGCGUGUCCACUCGUCCCCUAAUCACUCCAACUCUGAGAGCGACGGCGGCGGCGCCAGGAAUCAUGCUGCAGAGGGCCCCGCUCCCCAUCCAACCCAAGCUGCAACCCAUCAGCAUUCAGCCCAGACUGGUCCAAAUUAGCCCCAAGCCACCUGGGCAGAAACCCACUCCUGGUCUAACAUUUGUUUCUGGAGCGGCUUCACCAAAUAUUCUUCUGUCCCAACCUUCAGGCCAAAAGCCUGCCGCUCCACCACCACAGCCCACGCAGCAGCAGCAGCAGCUCCCCAAACCAGUCAGCCUGCAGCUGGUCAACCAGGGCGGCUCCUUUGUGCUCCAGCCUCAGGGACUCUUCCAAGGCCAAAACCAGUUCCUUCUUCCAGGCCAAUGCCCUGUUACCAUCUCCCAGUCAGUCAGUGCAGCUCGACCACUGCUGACUCACACUCACCAAGGUCCGUCGGUCCACAGUGUGACUUCGUCCGGGCAGCUCGUAGACGGCUCUCAGAUCCUUACCGUACCCCAAAGGCAGCUCAACUUCAGCCCCGUCUUCACCACCCCCACAGGGCAGCUCGCGCUCCGCCAGGCCACUGUGCUGUCAGGACCCUUGCAUCUACAGUCAGCGCCCCCUACCGUCUUCCAGAUGCCAGCCCAGCUGGCUGGAACCUACACUCCAGGAGGGCAGGGGCAGCGUGCCACCCUGGUCCACAGCCCCGCUCUUGGAAACCACAUCACCUUGAUCAACAGUUCAGGGAUGCUUCCCUCAGAUCUCACUUCCAUCUCGAUCGUUAACGGUCCCUCGGUGGUUCAGGGGCUGCCGUUCGCUGCCCAGGCCCCGGCGACUCAGGCGGGCGUCACAGAGGGACAGCUGAGCCUCCAGCCAACAUCUGUGGUGCUUCUGCCAGAGAGAGUUCAAGACGAGAGGAGCGGCUCAGACGAGACAUUCCACGCACUGCCACAGACGUAUGGACAUGUCCUCCAGCAUGUGUCAGUGCAGCCCGCCUCUGCAGGGCUACAGACCUCCUCUCCUCCUGUAGUUACGGUCCUGCAGCCUCCUCCUCCUCCGGAACCUCCUCUGCCUCCUGACGCAGCUGCAGAGAUGCCAAAACUUUUAAUGCCACCAGCAGACAUGACCCAGGUGGUGGCCGAGGUGACCCACUCGAUGAGCCCCAACCAAGCCUUUAUGCAACACCUGCAACAGCAAGCACUUAGCUCUCCCAUCACAUCUGACCUGCUGGUUGACGCACUGCCAGUGGUUCCCAUGGAGACUCUUGUCUCCACCAUUGAGAGAGAGACUCAACCUCAGACCCAUGCAGUUCCUGGUCCUUGCGUCACAUCUGACCAGUGUGUCGAGGCUUCUCCGCUCCACUCAGACCCCGAGGACUCGCCGCUGCUCUCCUCCUCCUCCUCACCGGGUCAGGACAGUGGGAGAACAGCAUUCUCUCCUCCAGCUGGACCUCACAUUACUCUCCCCGGAACCGAGGGUUCAAUUCCCAAGACCACAGCUCCACAGACCCUCAUCGUGCAACAGGACCAGAGCCAGGUCCCUCACCAGCUGCAUGUCUCACCGGCCUUAUUUGCCCCAAACCAGGUGCAGAUCCAGUCGUCAGUUUCCCAGCCUUUGCCCCAGGUCCAGGUCCGAGUCCAGGUUCCUGUUUCCAAGCCUCAGCCUUCGACACACACUCCAGUCCACAACAGCUCCUCCCUUCAGCUCGUCAGCCUCUUGGUGCCUCAGCAGCAGCCUGAUCCCACGGCUGCUGGUCUCUGCAAAGGAGGAGAAGACUCUGCUGUCCAACAGCACACACACAACAAGCCAACAGCUGCCUUGGCCGUGGAGGGUAAAGCGUUUACUCUCGAUGUCCGUCCACACUCUCCUGCUGCUCCGGGCGUCCAGCAGCUUCACGCGCCUCCAGAUCCCAGCGAGUGUCCCCCAAUCCAGACCACCCUGCAACCAGGCACCAAGCUGGCAGGUCUUCUUGUGGAGCAGCAGAGAGAGGAGAAGCUCACACCAGCAACGCGCAGGCACAGGUUCCAGCAGCAGCUUGGUCUGGACCACAGAGCAGUUCAGCACCAGUUCACCGUCCCCGCCUUCUCCACACUGACGGACGCCGUGCGACACCUGCUGCCGUAUCACACCUGCGCGGGUCACCUGCCGACUGAGAACGACUUCACUUCAGUGGACCAGGAGUUUGACACCGUGUCCUGUUUCCUGCUGAGACGCACCAAGGACAUGGUGAACAAAUACAGGCAGCUACUGCUUAAAGAAGCUCAGCAGGAGAGUCCUUCGGCUGAGAUGGUGAUGCUGGAGCGUCUCUUCCUUCAGGCGGAGCGAUACGCUUUGGUGGAGGACAGACGGCGAGCCCGCAGAGACCCAGAGUCAUUCAUGACAGCCUUGGCUACAUCAGUGUCUUCCCCCAGUGAAGGCCACUCCUCUGGCCCCUCCCACCCACACUCCUCUGACAGCCCCUCCUCUCCACCAGCUUGGUCCAGACUGUCCGACCGACCCCCAGGAUUGAAGACGUACCGUUCCAGCUCCCGCGGUGCCCUCAGACUCACCAUCAAGCAGGAGUCUGGCUCCCGUAAGGUGGUCCACAACUCGGCCUGUGACCCAGGACUCAAGAGGGACCACACGGGGCAGCUGACCAAUGGCGGUAGUGCUGUGAAUGAACGCCACUCCCACACACCCAACGGAGCACACCAGCAUCCGCAUCAUGAUGAGGAGGUUUCCAAUGGAGGUCUGCAGUCUGACACUGAAGAGGAAGUCCCACAGACAGCACCUAAUUCCAAAAUAAAAGCCCCAAAACCCCUCUCCUUGCCAGAACCACAGGCUUCUUGCUUCGAGCUGCCUCCCAGUGAUGUCAGUGCCCCAAAACUGAAAUAUUACAAGCUAGAUGCGUCUCCCCAGCUCGAGACGCAGUUCAGUCCGCCGCCACCGUCCCUCCAAGAGGACAACAUGCUCAGCGAACACCUACAGAGUGCCAUCGACAGCAUCCUGGAGCUGCAGCGACUGCAGGGCCCGUCCACAGCCCCAACCAGGACCACAUCAGGCCCAUCACUGGAUCAGGCGGUCACCAGCAUCCUGGAGGGACACCUGUGAGGUCACGAGCCUCGACGGACGUCCACAAAGAUACAGAAACAUCAGUCCAAGGUGGGAUUAAGCAAAGUAUGUGACUUCUAAUCUGUUCCCAGAACUGAAAAAAGAGAUUUUUUUUUCUGGGUUUCAGAUUUUCCUUUGAAAGGAUCUGAUUGUUUUACAGAAGAGGGAGGAGUGGGGGAAAAAAAAUAAAAGGCACUAUUAAAGAGAUGCAUACCAGACAAAAGCACUAUCUAGAGUCUGAUAGAUGUUAGAUACUUAAUUUUGAUGUACGUUUGUGGAAAAAAAAUAUUCUAUUUGAAUAGGAGCUAUAUUGUUUCAGUGGUAGUUAUGUCAUUCAGAGGUUUACGACACUGGUGUGACCUUCAUCAGCAUAUAGUAUAUAAGUAAUAGUGAGAAUAAUGAAAAUGUGGACUAGACUGAGAUUAUUCAAUAGUUUUUUUUUUUAUAAGAUUUCUUUCAAAAAAAAAACCAACAACAAUGUGAAGUUUCUUUUGCAUAGUGCCAAGCUUCCAGGGUAUUUAUUUUGAUAAUCUGUGCCAAUUGUGUUUUCAGAUGAGUUGCAUUGAGAACGCAGAGAGUGUUUGAGUAUGAGUGUUAUUAUUUGGAAAUAAUUAGUGCGGAUGUAAAGAGUGUGUGUGUGUGUGUGUGUGUGUGUGAAAACGCUGCGUCCUGUGACGGGACACUACGUGAAAAUCCCGCAGGCUCCGUCAUCUCGGCUUAACAAAUGAAAUUCCAAAGAAUUUGUGACUUGCUACAUCCUGAAUACACCAGCAAACGUCCAUGUUGUGUCUCUCAGAGCAGAGAGAACUCGAGGGGCCACA